AUGCGAAUACUACAGCAGUUCAAUAACCCUGUACACUCUGGGGCUAUCACCAGUAUGUGUCUCGACAAAGGAAGGACAUGGGUAGUGGCGGGAUCCGUGACUGGACUGCUUUCGCUAUGGGAUAUUCGAUUUGGUCUCCUUCUGAAGACGUGGAAGGCUGGAUCAACGACUCAACCAGGGGCCAAUUUGAGAGUCCACCAAUGUGCUAAUCACCCUGUCAACAAGCAAUGGGUCAUUGUCGCAUCGGAAACCCGUUCCACCGCCCAAUCAGAUGGUGGAUCGAUACUUGUAGAGGUAUGGGAUCUGGAAAAAGCGACUAUAGUGGAGACUCUCGUCACGCGUGAUGUUUCAAUCCCGUCCCAUGGACAAGCGCCCGCACUGGUCACUUCUGCUCCGGUACAACAACCGACACCUGUCUCCCAAUCACCUGCCGAUGCAAUCUCCCAAUUAGUACAAUCACGCAAUGCCCAAGCCUCAACGAAAGGCUCUAACCCAGAGCGAUACAUGACAGAGAGCGAUUAUGCCCCGUGCGACAUUAGAUCUCUAGCGGUCGGCAUAGAUUUUGGAGGACAAGGCUCAACUACUACAACAAGAGAUGGGUUUGUGCUCACAGGAGGUUUUGGAGGUCUGGAAAGCCGCCACAAAGAUCUUGGAUAUGUUCUUCUGGGAUCAGAGGACCGAAAGCUGAGGUUGUGGUAUCUGGGUCAAGGACAACUCGAGCGCACAAUUCGAUCGAAUGUUGACAGCCCUCCAAGUCAUACCGAAAUCUGGUCCCACUACGACGCCAAGGAGAGAGAGAAGCACAGGAGCACAGCUCGCCCAAGCCUCAUCGGACAUUAUCAACAAACUUUACUCAAGUCACAUCAAGAUUGCAUCACCGCUAUCGCUUGCAUCGAUUCACCGUUCCGUGGAGGAGUGGUCAGUGCGGAUCGAUCAGGAGUCAUCAAGGUUUACAGAGUUUCCGAAUCAGAAUAG